CACUAAAGAACAAUGUUGAGAACACUUGCCAGACCCUUGAUUGCCACCACUCCUAGAUCUAUUAUCACGCGCAGCUUUGCUUCCACAAAUGCCACUUUAGCAGUUUCGCCUGGUGAGCAAGCAGCUCAGGUUAGAGACCAGACAAAGACCUUGGUUACUCUUAUUCCUGGUGAUGGUGUUGGAAAGGAACUCGCAGAGUCUGUCAAGGCUGUAUUUUCUGCUGCAAAUGUUCCAGUUGAAUGGGAACAGUUUGACCUCUCGGGUCAUGUUGAUUUGAACGACAAGCUCAUGAAGGAAACCUUGGCAUCUCUUCGCCGCAACAAGGUCGGUCUCAAGGGUAUCUUGUACACACCUGUCUCUAGACUCGGCCAUGCUUCAUUCAACGUUUCCAUGAGAAAGGAUUUGGAUAUUUAUGCUUCAACAUCCUUGGUUCGUAACAUGCCAGGUGUUCCUUCGCGCUUCAAGAACAUUGAUCUCGCUAUCAUUCGUGAAAACACAGAGGGAGAAUACUCGGGACUCGAGCACCAGUCAAUCCCAGGUAUCGUAGAAUCCUUAAAGAUCGUGACCCGCACCAAAACCGAGCGUAUUGCUCGUUUCGCUUUCGACUUCGCACUCAAGAACAACCGUAAGAAGGUUACUUGUAUCCACAAGGCAAACAUCAUGAAACUCGGUGAUGGUCUCUUCCUCAACACCUGUCGUGAGGUUGCCAAGGAAUACAGCCUGAAUGGUAUUGAGUUCAAUGACAUGAUUGUCGAUAACGCCUCUAUGCAAUUGGUCUCUCGCCCUCAGCAAUUCGACGUGAUGGUUAUGCCUAACUUGUACGGCAGCAUUCUCUCCAACAUUGGAGCUGGUUUGGUUGGUGGUCCUGGUAUCAUUCCUGGAUCCAACUUUGGUCGUGAAUAUGCUGUCUUUGAGCCCGGAUGUCGUCAUGUUGGUGCUGACAUCGGAGGAAGUAACAUCGCUAACCCUACCGCCAUGUUGCUCAGCUCUGUCAUGAUGUUGAGACACCUUGGAUUGGCUGAACAUGCCAACACUAUCUCUAAUGCUGUCUACACCACUGUCCAGUCUGGUCAUUCCAACACUCGCGACAUGGGUGGAAAGAGCUCUACUACUGAAUUCACAAAGGCUGUCAUUGCUGCUCUUUAAUAUAUAUAUAUAUAUAACAAAAAUAUAAUAUAAUAUAAUAUAUAUAAUAAAAUAAAAUAAAAUAAAAAUUAUUUAUACACACAAUAUAUAAAUACAUAUAUAAAAUAAAAAUGCUGUCAAAUUGGGACAAAUGUUUUUGUUCAACCCG